CUGCGAAAGAGGCACUUCACGAACCGGAGAAACCUGCAGACAAGCUAAUUUCCCUGAAAACAUCUGACGCAGGCGACACCUCCGUCGAUACGCGGUCUAUGAAAAAACAGUCGGCUGAUGCAGCUGCGGACGCUACUCCGGAUCAGAAGUUCGAUAAAUCUAUUAAACUUGGGGACGAAGGAACAUCAGCACAGACAUCCGACGUUGCAGGCACAAGCGACAUUAUGCCGACAGAUGCAAGCGAAGAUAAUCUAGGGAAAAUGUCGAGCCAUGUGUCGGCAUCUCCCGCUGAAAAACUCGUAUCCGCGACGGGAUCUCGCGCUGGUGAGGGCUCAGCCGAUACUGACUCCAAAAAUCUUGAAGCAUCUGCUGCAGGCAAAGACGCUACUGCCGAGCCAGCAUCUCGUGAACAACCGAAACCUGAAGACGAUACAGCGCACACUAGUGCUCCAGGUGACCAGGGUUUAACCGAUUCAGCCGGGAGGGUACCGGCUAAGCCAGGGCGUCUUGCCGGAUCGAUGAAGACAAGCAAAGCUCUCCGAAAAGAUACCGGUCUUGUAUCCUCAAUGAAGCGCGGUGCGGAAGCACAGCCGGCAAGUUCCAUGAAAAAGACCAAGACCACAAAAGAUAGCCCGCCUAUUUCGGCAACGGCAACGAAACAUAAUCCCAAACACGACAGAGCGGGUAUUGCCGCUACCAUCGGCGGUACUUCCUCGACGAGUGAUCUUCUCGCUGUUGAUGACACCGGAUAUGGCUUAGUGCACUAUAAGCCUGAAGACGGCAUGCGGCUGCGAAGUUGUAAUGGCAGCUAUGUCG